AUGGGAUCAAAUCACCGUGAGACACAAUCAUCAAUGUUGAGGAAAACUUUGCAUCUCAAAGCUAAAAAACCUGAAACUGAGAGUUUGAAGGUUUUGGGCCGCAUGUUAAAGAAACCGCAACAGUUGACCCUCUCUAGGAAGUAUGGGAAUGUCUUGGAUUUACUGGAGGUGGAUGUUCAAGUUGAGGCAAUCACUGCAAUUUCACAGUAUUAUGAUUCACCUCUUCGAUGCUUUACUUUUCAAGAUUUUCAGUUAGCCCCUACAUUGGAAGAAUUUGAGCGAAUCUUCGGGUUAUCUUUAGAAGAGGAGAAACCCUAUCGUUACAUUGGGCAUUACCCUUCCAUGCACGUUGUUGCUGAGAUUUUGAAAGUUCGGGUGAUAGACUUACAAGAAAGGAAGCAAAUUCGGAAUGAGACUAUGGGAUUUCCGAGAAAGUAUCUUGAAGAACAUCUUCACCACUUAGCAGAAGAAGGGGAAUGGGACACUUUCAUUGAUGUGUUGGCCCUCACUAUAUAUGGCAUUCUCAUAUUCCCUAAUAUUGAUGAAUUUGUGGACUUUGCAUCCAUUGAUGUAUUUGUGGCACGCAAAUUCAAACGUGAAAACCCAGUCCCAGCCAUUCUUGCUGAUGUUUACUAUACCUUGAGCUUUUAUCAUGAAAGGAAAGGGAAGCGAAUCUUGUGUUGUUUAUCAGUGUUGUUCAUAUGGCUCACUGCUCACAUGUUUAACAGAGGAUACAAAGCGGCGUGCCCGAUCGCUGAUUUUCGGAUGUAUCAGUUGAAAGCCAAAAGUGGUCGCGAGUGGGUGGAAACUUUAGCCAAAGCUUGA